AUGGCGACGAUUGGAAAUCCCGAGAACUUGACGCUGGGUACUUCGUUGCCGCCAGGAAAUCCGCAUGGCGUGAGCGUUCACCUCCCGAAAUGGGCCGACACGGUCGGUUGGGCAUCGCGCGAGCAACGGGUUCUAGACGCCAUGAACACGGGGUAUCCUCGAUUCUUCAUGCCUCGGAUCGCCCACCAGCUAGCGGCACGCCUACUUGAGUUGCGAAGGAAAGCCGAGAACGGUCCGGAAGACGGCACUCAACCCGGGAAAAUGGCGAUGCUACUGGAUUCUGCCCGCCACGCUCGCAUGUGCCUGGAUGCCCUGCCAAAGUGGGAAACUAUUGGCCGGGAACUGGGCCCGGGGGAAAUCGAGGGCUAUGUUGUCACUUGGAAUGGUCAGAUCACACCGUUGCAGGAUCGAGGCUACCCUGAGGAACGAGAAGAGUCCCCUGCUCUAGGCAAGGAAGACAUCCUGCUGGUCGCAUAUCCCCAAGACCUCGCUCAACCCGCAAAGGCGUUCUGGCAGCACACCGGUUUCGGUAUUUCCAGUCGGCGCGCGUCGUACUGGCUGGAACAUGCCCCGUUUCUAACCGGUAAAUCCACGAGUUCAGCCACCAACGCAUUCGCAACGGCCGCUACUGUGAACACAGCGCGCGAAGCCAUCAAAAACCGCAUUGCCGAGGGCUACUCACUCCCCUCCCAAGACCUCCACGUCUCCCCAUCCGACAUCUUCCUCUUCCCCACCGGCAUGACCGCCAUCACCGAAACCGCCCACGCCCUCAAGUCCCUCCGUCCCGCAGACCCUUCCAAACCAUACCACGCCGUAGUCUUCGGCUUCCCCUACGUCGACACCUUCAAGACCCUCCUCCACACCCACCCCCACCCCUUCACACUCACCCUCCUCCCCUCGACCCCCUCCGCCCUCACCGACCUCGCCCACCGCCUCAUCACAGACCCAACCUUCCACCCCGACGCGCUCUUCACCGAAGUCCCCGGGAACCCCCUCCUCCAAACCCCCGACCUGCACACCUUGUUCCAACUCUCCCGAGAACACAACUUUGUCUUGGUGGUUGAUGACACGAUAGGAACGUAUGUCUCGCUGGGGUUGUUACCGGAGUGUGACGUGGUGUGUACGAGCUUGACCAAGAUGUUUAGUGGGGCGUGUGAUGUCAUGGGGGGAAGUGUGGUGCUUAAUCCGCGGGGGAGGGUGUACAGCGCUUUGCGCUCAGCACUAAGCCGCGAGAGGGAAGAGACGGACCGGGCAUGGUUUGGGGAGGACGUGCUGGUGAUGGAGAGGAAUAGCCGGGAUUUUAAGGAGAGGAUGGGGAAGGCGAGUGGGAAUGCGGAGGUAGUGGUGGGAAUGUUGAGGGCGAGUCAGGUGGUCAGGGAGGUGUUUUACCCGUUGGGGAGUGAGACGCAGGAGGGGUAUGAUCGGUAUCGGGUGGAAGGAGGGGGUUAUGGGUUUUUGUUGUCAGUCAAGUUUGCGCGGGCGGAGCAGGCUGUGGCAUUUUAUGAUGCGUUGGAUGUGGCGAAGGGGCCGAGUUUGGGGACGAAUUUCACGUUGUGCUGCGCGUAUACGUUGUUGGCACAUUAUAGGGAGCUGGCGUGGGCGGCGGAGUAUGGGGUGGUGGAGGAUCUGGUGAGGAUUAGUGUUGGGUUGGAGGACGUGGAGUGGUUGAGGGAGAGGGUCGGAAGGGCGUUGGCUGCGGCUCAGGAAGCUGGAACGGUAGGAGUGUAG